UAGCAACAAUCUUAGCAACCAAACAUGCCCGCGAAGAAAGGCAAAGGCAAAGGCAAAGGGAAGGGGAAAGGAAAACCGAAGGGAAAAGGGAAGGGGAAGGGAAAGGAUAAAGAUGGCAAACCCUCGGAAAAAAUGGACAAAGAAAUGGCACUGAAGCAGGCAGUGUCAGAUGCAAAGUUGUGGGAGAUGAGGUUCCAGGCGGCGGAGAAGUCACGUGAGACCUAUCGGGAAAGUGGUCGCAGACUAGUGCAGGAGAAUGAGCAACUUCAGUCAGCCAUCAGCCAGACAGAGAAGGACACAGUAAAGGUGAUAGGAUUCCUAAAGAAAGAAGGAGGAAAGAAGGAAGAGCAAGUGGCCUUGCUAGGAGGAGAGUUGGAGAAGGAGAAGGAAAAAGCCGCCAGGGAAAAGAAUGAGAUGGACUCACAGUUCAGGAGCACUGCGACUGAAAUGGAGGAGCAGCUGCAAGAGAGAACAGAGGAGCUGGCUGUGAUUCAAGGGGAGCUCAGGACAGUUAAGGAGUUCAGAAAGCGUCGCGCGGAGCUUGAGGCUGAGCUUGCUCGCCUGAAACAGUCUCUAACUGACUCAGAACAAGACCACCAGAGAACUCUGCAGGCCCUCGAACAAAGAGUCUUUGAGGAAAAGGUGAGGUUGCAGAAGGAGGCGAAUCGUAGGAUUGCUGAGCUGUCAGAGAGAGCUCACUGCGAGGCUGUGAGGAACCUGGGAGAGAGGACGAGAGAGGUGUACCGUGAGAAUCUCCAGAUGAGUGAGGCUCUGGCUCUGCAUGCAGCAAGGGUUCAGGAGUUGGAGACACGAACUGAACAGCUGGAGGCUGCUAACAGGGAAUUGGGAGUGGAGAGAGAUCUUAGUGGGAAAUUACUGGCCUCACGAGUACAGAGUGUGAAACAGUACCAACAGCAAAUCUCUCUACUUCAGGAAAAGGUGUCUUCACUGGAGGCUAGUUUGGUGACGGUGGUGAGGGAAUUUGAUGAGGAGAGAGAGAAACAGGCAUCCCUCAUGCAGCGACUUCUCCAGGAAGCUCGUGAGGAGACAGAGUCUCAGUGUUGCCGUGCCGACCGCGAGGCUGCAGAACUUGCUCAUGUACGGAGCAUGGCUCGCCGCAUUCUGGAACAGAGGUCAGAGGUCGAACACUUCCUGUUGGAGGCUCUUCAGCAGGUGAAGAAAGAAGUGGCUGGUAACAGGUCUCAAUACUGUCAGAAUGCAGCUGUGGCAUACAGAACGAAGAUUAGAGAGGCAACUCGAGGCCACACCCACUACCCAGCAGUGCGAACAUUCAGAGCCUUUCCUGAGAGUACCAAUAGUGUCUACCACGACCUAACCACUGCCUCUACAUGGGAGGGAGUGGGUGAGAAAGUGGACAUCUCUGACUUGACUUGGGAACAGAAAGAACAAGUCCUCCGACUACUUUUCUCCAAGAUCAAUGAAACCACACCCACUCCUAAGCCACGCCCACUCCCACCCACCUCUUCACUGAGCCCUCAGCCCCCUCCUCCCUCGAGGGACGUGUUCCUCACCCAACCGUCACAAACUCUCUAGCUCUACACUAUCAUAUUGCAGAGUUCAACAUUAUUGUAGCCACCUGCAGUUCACAUCUGCCUCCACCACAAAUCAGAUUAUACCUGCAUUAGGUAGGAAGUUAGAGACACAUACAGUACACAAUGGGUUUGAGAUGAUGUCAUGACAGUUCACUGGUGUUGUGAGGUCCAGUCAGGAGGUCCAGAUACAUGUCUGACUGGACCAUGGAGAACAUUCAGGUGUCUUCCUCGACUCAUCUGACGUGCUGCAGGCAAACACACCAAUACUAUCCUCCUCCAGUGAGGAAAUAUACACUGUGUGAAAUCUUCAAUGACUUUUUGGCAUCAGUGGAAAAUGAUAAUUUCACAGAUUGCAUGCAUGGAUCUCUUGCCAAUAGGCAAACUGCCACAUAUUAUUAUAGAGUUCUUGUUUCUCCCUCAAUGUGAAUGCUGUGAUGUGUUAUUGUACAGGCAGGGGCAGAGGCAGUCAACAACAUACACAUACACACCGCCACACCAGCUCAUAGCAAUUUAUUGCAUCACUCUGUGUUGCCAUGGACACAGCGGCAGGUGGGCUAAUUACACCACUUUACAGGACAUUCCACAAUCUGGCGGCCCACAAUCCUUACCUUCUUCGACACCCAGUUGGUAGGCAAGAUUCUGAAGUCCUCUUAUCUUCUCCAUCAGCUGAGCCGGAGUCAGACAAGCCAGUUCAUUGAUGGAAGCCAUGUCGUCCCUGGUAACAUCAAGGAGCCAGUCAGGAGGAGCAGGGGAGAGAUGCUAGAAGAGAAAGAGGAAGGUGAGUAUAGAGGAGGAGGAGAACUGUCUCACUAGAGGAUUGAAGUCUCCAAAGAAGUGCUGCUGGUCUGGCCACAUGACAGGAGAGUCGCUGCUGAGCCUCUCUGAGGACAGCAGGAGCUCCGUCUCACCUCCCUCCACUUGCCCGCCUUCCAUUAUAGCACCGCCC